AUGCCCCUGGAGAUCCACCCCAUCACAGUUGUCAUCAACAAUACCAACCCCAGCACCCUGCUCACCCACAUCUGCAACAUCCUCGCCAGCCAUAAGAUCCACGGCAUCGUCUUCGAGGACAACGUCGGCACGGAGGCUGUGGCUCAGAUCCUUGACUUCAUCUCCUCCCAGACCCAGGUCCCCAUCAUCAGCAUCAGCGGGGGGUCUGCCGUGGUCCUGACCCCGAAGGGGAGGCAUUGGCUGGGGGAGCCCGGCUCAGCUUUCCUGCAGUUGGGUGUCUCCAUUGAACAGCAAAUCCAGGUGAUCUUCAAGGUGUUGGAGGAAUACGACUGGAGCUCCUUCACCGUCAUCACCAGCCUCUACCCGGGCUACAACAUCUUCCUGGAUGUCAUCCGCUCCUUCACGGACGCCAGCUACUUCGGCUGGGAGCUGCAGGAGGUGCUCACCUUCGAGAUGAGCCAGGAGCAGAGCAACUCCAGGACUCAGCGGCUCCUGCGGCAGAUUGAUGCCCAGGUCCUCAUUGUCUACUGCUCACGGGAGGAAGCCGAGUACCUCUUUGCCAUGGCCGAACAAGCUGGCCUUGUGGGGCCGGGCUACAUCUGGAUCGUGCCCAGCCUGACGGUGGGCAACAUGGAGGUGCCGCCUGCCUCCUUCCCCGUCGGCCUCAUCAGCGUGGUGACCGAGAGCUGGAAGCUGAGCCUACGGCAGAAGGUGCGGGAUGGGGUGGCCAUCAUCGCCAUGGGGGCGGCCAGCUUCUUCCGGGCCCAUGGCUAUCUCCCAGAGGUGGGACGGGACUGCUGGGCUCCUGCCAGGGCCGCUGCCACCAACACCAGCUUCUACCGGCACCUCCUCAACGUGACGUGGGAGCACAGAGACUUCUCCUUCAAUGAAGGCGGCUAUCUGGUCAGGCCCACCAUGGUGGUGAUCUCGCUCAACCAGCACCGGCUCUGGGAGAUGGUUGGCAAGUGGGAGAAGGGCAUCAUCCACAUGAAGUACCCGGUGUGGCCCCGGUACGGCUCCUUCCUGCAGCCUGUGGUCGAUAACCGCCACCUGACGGUGGCCACGCUGGAGGAGAGACCCUUCGUCAUCGUGGAGAAUACGGACCCCAGCACCGGGGUCUGUGUGCGCAACACCGUGCCCUGCCGCAAGCAGACCAACUCCUCCCAGAGGUGAGCACUGAGGACCAAGCUGUGCUGCAAGGGGUUCUGCAUCGACAUCCUGAAGAAGCUGGCCAAGACGGUGAAGUUCUCCUACGACCUCUACCUAGUGACCAACGGCAAACACGGCAAGAUCGUCCGCGGGGUCUGGAACGGCAUGAUUGGUGAGGUGUACUAUAAGCGUGCGGACAUGGCCAUCGGCUCCCUCACCAUCAACGAGGAGCGCUCCGAGAUCGUGGACUUCUCCGUGCCCUUCGUGGAGACCGGCAUCAGCGUCAUGGUGGCCAGGAGCAACGGCACCGUCUCCCCCUCCGCCUUCCUGGAGCCCUACAGCCCAGCCGUGUGGGUCAUGAUGUUCGUGAUGUGCCUCACAGUGGUGGCCGUCACCGUCUUCGUGUUUGAGUAUUUCAGCCCCGUCGGCUACAACCAGAACCUCACCAGCGGCAAGA